AGAGACUGAUCCCUCUGUCUCCUCUGAGGGGCAGAUGUUUUCGGACGCAUGUGAUCUGGUGCUUCAGAUGUGAUGUUUCUUUGUGCGCUUUGGUUAUUAAUAUUCUGUGUAAAUGAUGAAAAGAGUGUUUUUUGGGCUUCUCGUUGAAAGUGCAUCAGAGUGAGUGAAAACACUAUCACAGGGGGGCUUUUGUGUGAUUGGAGAGAUCAUGUCUGGUGACUUAUGAAUGAUGUGUAUGUUUUGUGGAUGAGGGGGCACAAGGGGCAUUUUUGUCCAGGUGCUUGAGCGGGUUAGCCAUGGUUUGGGGUUUGGGUCUCUGGGUUUUGUUGUGGUGAAGGAGGGUUUGAGCUGCGGGAUUAAACUGCACUGAUCCAAAAAGGGGCAAAGGCCAGAUGUGGACGGUCCAGAUGUGCGCGCUGACCCGACUAUACCACAGCCAGACGACACACACACACACUGGUAGAGGCUGCGUUUGGUUUAACCCGAAAAUGCGCCACACAUACCUGCCACUGAAACAGCGACAGCCCCGAAAGAGCCGCGGGCGCUACAAUGCUAAUGUUGUCGGGGGCUUUGACUUCUCCCAGCCAUUGCGAAGACGCCGCUCCGCGUGACAGCCACGGCUCUGCGCGCUCUCUCCCCCCGCGGUGCUCCCUACAUACGCAUCCAUCCCUCUCUCCACACAUUUGGCAGGUGUGUGUUCGGCGGUAGAAGAGAGGAGAAGAAAAAGAGAAAAAGAAGAAGAAGAAGAAGAAGAAGCAGAAGCAGAAGCCGACCGCGUCAUAUCUGUUCACCCCAAAGUCUGCGCGCAAAUGGACCAAACGGAUAUCAUGGACUUAACGCAUCAGAAAGCGAGGAAGCGGCCGCGUCCAAUCAGUUCUGCGGAUGAGUCCGUGCACGCGUCCCUCAAACGGCUCCCGAUCCGAUCGGUGGCGGCUGAGCACAGGGAGACCGCACUGAUGUUCGCCGUCCGAGGAGAGCCGGUGCCCGCCGCGUCUCUCAAGCAGAAUGACCGCUCGGUGACUCCAUCCCCGACCUCAAUGAUGCCGGCGCAGGAUAAUCGCUGCAGUAUGUCCAGGCCCAUGAUCACACGGUCACCAGUGUCUCCCUUGAGUAACCAGGGCAUCCCCACAGCUGCACAGCUCACCAAGUCCAAUGCCCCUGUGCACAUCGAUGUGGGCGGACACAUGUACACCAGCAGUCUGGCCACCUUAACCAAAUUCCCAGAAUCCCGAAUUGGUCGCCUCUUUGAUGGCACAGAGCCUAUAGUCCUGGACAGCCUGAAGCAGCACUACUUCAUUGACAGGGAUGGACACAUGUUCCGCUACAUCCUCAACUUCCUCAGGACGUCCAAGCUCCUCAUCCCAGAAGACUUCAAAGACUACAGUCUGCUGUACGAGGAGGCGCGGUACUUCCAGCUGCAGCCCAUGCUCGCCGAGCUGGAGCGCUGGCGUCAGGACCAGGAGCUGAGACUGGUGUCGCGCCCCUGCGAGUGCUUGGUGGUUCGCGUUGCGCCCGACCUGGGCGAGAGGAUCACGCUCAGCGGCGACAAGGCCCUGAUCGAAGACGUGUUCCCGGAGAUCGGUGACGUCAUGUGCAACUCUGUCAAUGCCGGCUGGAACCAUGACUCCACGCACGUCAUCCGCUUCCCACUCAAUGGGUACUGCCACCUCAACUCUGUGCAGGUCCUCGAGCGUCUCCAGCAGCGUGGCUUCGAGAUCGUCGGCUCCUGCGGCGGAGGCGUGGACUCGUCCCAAUUCAGCGAGUACGUCCUGAGGAGGGAACUGAGGAGGACAGGUCAGCGAGGACCCAAUUCAAACAGGAUAAAGCAGGAGCAGCUGGACUAGAAUUCCUCCCAAGAAGUAGGGGGUGCUAGACUUUUCUGUGGCAGCCAAACGUUCGACGCUGCAGACCUCUGUGGACUCUGUUUUUCUUCGUUUCCUUGUUGAUGUUUUUGUUUUCUUAAACUGAGAACCAUCUAGAGAAUUUAAAAAAAGGAUUUUUUUUUUUUUUGCCAGAAGAAGAUACAAGACAUUUGAUAAGUUUGAGAUUGCAAGGACAUAUGUGAUUGUCUAGCCCCCAUAAACCAAUUUUAAAAAGGAUUUAUAUUCCCUGGAUCCCCCAAAAAAGUUUGUUUUAAAACUUGGAACCUACAUUAGGUUGAAUAUGAUUUCUAUUAUACCCAUAUAAAUUAAAACAAAAGGCUUUUAUCACUUAUGUAGUAUGUUGCAUAGCUUGUCACCAGUGACUUGGUUUUGUUUCCUCACUGGCAAAUCGGCUGUUUGGGAGUGUGUUUUUAUCCCUCACUGUAAAAAGGUCAUUAUUGUGUUGCUUACAGUACAGAAUGUCUCAGUUGUCAUAAACAGUUUUAAACAAAAACAUCUUUUUUCACAAUUUACAUGAUGUUGAAUAUUGUGAUACAAAUGAAGUGAUUUUUUUACUUAAUGGAAGUUAUUAUAUUGGAUUUUGCCAUAAAACAUAUAGUUGAUAUUAGUAUCGUCAAAAUUUAGCAUCAGAGACCAUUAUUACGCAGUAAAGAAAAUAAUUUAGCACAUUAUUAUGUCACACCAUUUGCCUCAUCGGGGAGUACGGGCGGCUAACCCCUUGGGAAAUAUUUAAUUGGAUCAUAAUAUUCCUCUGAGUGAUGACCUGUAAACUCUUUCAUCGUAUACGUGUUUGUGUUUUUUACAUUGAAUCUUUUUAAAGCAAAUUUGUUGCCUCAGACAUGACUGAACAGAUUAAAAGCUCAUUGUACUACCCA